AUGGAAGCCGCGUUUCACCCUCAAGGCCACUUGUGGUUCUGCCUUCUUCUGCUCUUCUCGCUCAUCAUUGUCAAAUACUCUGUCAAUUAUUCCAAGUGUGCUCAUGUGAAAGGACCAUGGUUGGCAUCUGUCUCGAGCCUCUGGCUCUUCCGAGCAACGAUCAUGGGCCGGACGCAGGUUGACUGCGCCAAAGCUUUGGCAAAAUAUGGUUCCAUAGUCAGAAUAGCUCCGAGCAAGGUAGUGACGAAUGAUCCCUUGAUCAUGCAGUAUAUGACCUCGCCACGCUCGAACUUCACCCGUGGUCCAUGGUAUGAGGCGUUCAACACGACGCCGGACAAAACUAAUGUCCUAUCCGAGCCCGAUGAAAAGAAACAUAUGCGGCUUAGGGCAAAGUUGAUGCGCGGAUACUCCGGAAGGGAUCUGCCCAACCUCGAGCAGGACAUCGAGGACAGGAUCAGCAAUCUCUUGGCCAUAGUCGAGCGCAAAUCCACCCAGGGCAAGCCGGUCGACGUCGCCAAGCUCGCCUCGUACUUCACACUGGACGUCCUCACCCAGCAGGGCUUCGAGCAGCCGGUCGGCUACCUCAAACAGGACAGGGACAUGUACUCCUUCAUCGAGAGCGUGAAGCAGUUCGCCGUGGUCAGCGAGCUUGGCUCGCACUUCCCCCGGUUCCAGGCGUUGCUCUCCAGCAGGAUCAUGGCACCUCUGAGGCCGCGAGCAACUGACAAAACCGGCCUGGGCGCGAUGAUGGGCAUCGCCAUGGGCGUGGUCGCGAAGCGAUUCGCAGAGGCUGAUAAAGCGCCGCCCAAGAUGGAUAUGCUGGGCUCUUGGAUGCGGUGUGGUCUCUCCGCCGAGGAGGCAAAAAAUGAGGCCAUCACUGAGACUCUGGGAGGAUCCGACUCCACGGCCACUGCCAUCCGUAUGAUAUUCCUCAACGUCAUAACCAACCCUGUGGUCUAUUCAAAGUUGAUGGCCGAGCUGGAGGGCUAUUCGAAGCCGGGAAUGAAGCAGUCGGACGCGAAGGCCCUGUCGUACUUGCAAGCAUGCAUCAAGGAAGGCCUGCGCAUCUGUCCCCCACUGGGCGGACUGGGCACGCGGCUCCCACCGCCUGAAGGCGCCACCCUGAACGGGAAAUUCAUCCCAGCAGGAAUCGAGAUCGGAGUUAACGUCUAUUCGGCGCAGCGGAACCAGUCAAUAUUCGGGAAGGAUGCGGACAUCUACCGGCCCGAACGCUGGCUGUGUAAGGAAGAGGGCGCGGAAAAGUUGAAGGAGAUGGAAAAAACGGUUGAUCUGGUCUUCAGUAGCGGCAAGUACAGCUGCCUCGGGAAAACUGUCGCUUUCAUGAUGCUGGACAAGGUGUUGCCAGCACUGCUGGUCAACUAUACCUGGGCGUGCGUCAAUCCAGCCCAACCAAUGAGGGUCCGUUGUCACGGGUUUUAUAUACACGAAGACUUCAAUUUUCUGGCUACACCACGCACCAGUCACGGCAAGGAUUGA